GUGCUGGCACCCACCCGCGAGCUGGCCCAGCAGAUCCAGAAGGUGGUGAUGGCGCUGGGGGACUACAUGGGCGCCUCGUGCCACGCCUGCAUCGGCGGCACCAACGUCCGCGCCGAGGUGCAGAAGCUGCAGCUGGAGGCGCCCCACAUCGUCGUGGGCACGCCGGGACGCGUCUUCGACAUGCUCAACCGCCGCUUCCUCUCGCCCAGGUACAUCCGGAUGUUCGUGCUGGAUGAGGCCGAUGAGAUGCUGAGCCGCGGCUUCAAGGACCAGAUCUACGACAUCUUCCAGAAGCUGAGCGGGAACACGCAGGUGCUGCUGCUCUCGGCCACGAUGCCCCUGGACGUGCUGGAGGUGACCAAGAAAUUCAUGCGGGCGCCGGUGCGGAUCCUGGUCCGGAGGGAGGAGCUCACCCUCGAGGGCAUCCGGCAGUUCUACAUCAACGUCGAGAGGGAGGAGUGGAAGCUGGACACGCUGUGCGACCUCUACGAGACGCUCACCAUCACGCAGGCCGUCAUCUUCAUCAACACGCGCCGCAAGGUCGAUUGGCUCACGGAGAAGAUGCACGCGCGCGACUUCACCGUGUCCGCCAUGCACGGGGACAUGGACCAGAAGGAGCGUGACGUCAUCAUGCGGGAAUUCCGCUCGGGCUCCAGCCGCGUGCUCAUCACCACCGACCUCCUGGCCCGUGGCAUCGAUGUCCAGCAGGUUUCGCUCGUCAUCAACUACGACCUCCCCACCAACCGCGAGAACUACAUCCACCGGAUCGGGCGCGGGGGCCGCUUCGGGCGCAAGGGCGUGGCCAUCAACCUGGUGACGGACGAGGACCGGCGGGCGCUGCGCGACAUCGAGGCCUUCUACAACACCGCCAUCGAGGAGAUGCCGCUCAACGUGGCCGACCUCAUCUGAGCGCGCCCGCGGCUCCCAAACC